GGAUUGUCAAGACGGUGGUCCCAGAAAAAAUGGCGUCUAUUUCUGAACUGUACGAUGUCAGCUGGGAAGAGAUGCGUGACAAACUUCGAAAGUGGAGAGAAGAGAAUUACAGGAAUAGUGAGCAGAUUGUGGACGUGGGCGAGGAACUGAUCAAUGAGCAUGCAUCAAAGCUUGGAGAUGACGUCUGGAUAAUAUAUGAGCAAGUGUUGAUUGCAGCGCUGGACUGUAGUCGGGACGAUUUGGCCUGGAGUUGUCUACAGGAGCUGAAGAGGCAGUUUCCCGACAGUCACAGAGUGACGCGAUUAGCCGGCAUGCGGCUAGAGGCACUGGAGAGGUAUGAUGAUGCCAACAAGUUGUAUGAUUCAGUACUACAAGAAGAUCCCACCAAUACGGCUGCAAGGAAGCGCAAGAUCUCCAUUCUGCGAGCGCAGGGAAAGAGCAACGAUGCCAUCCGAGUGCUCAAUGAGUAUCUAGAGCAGUUUGUGGGAGACCAGGAAGCAUGGCAUGAGCUAUCAGAACUCUACAUCAACGAACAUGAUUAUGCAAAAGCAGCUUUCUGCCUGGAGGAGCUGAUGAUGACCAACCCACACAACCACCUUUACUGUGAGCAGUAUGCAGAGGUUAAAUACACCAUGGGGGGGCUGGAGAACCUGGAGCUGGCCCGAAAGUAUUUUGCGCAGGCGCUAAAGCUGAACAACAGAAACACGAGGGCCCUGUUCGGCCUGUACAUGUCAGCAAGUCACAUAGCCGGAAGUCCUAAAGUCAGUGCCAAGACGAAGAAGGACAAUGUAAAGUAUGCUGCCUGGGCUGCUUCUCAGAUCAACAGAGCCUAUCAGCUCGCCGGCCGUGGGAAGAAGGAGAACAAAUGCUCGGUGAAGGCGGUGGAAGAGAUGUUGGAGUCCAUGCAGAUCACCAUGUCCUAAGCCUCAACUCUCUCCUCCUUAGCCUCGUCCACCACAACACCAUGGCAGCUCUCCUUGCACACUGCAGCCUCGCACCACCCACCGAGCAGAACAGAACAGAGCUGAGCAGAGCAGACCACCACAACCGACCCUGCCACACUCUAACUCCAUUAUGUUCUGUAAUGUUCCCCUUUAGUCCUUUCAUUCAGGAACCCUAGUCAUUCCAUUUAUUAAUUUGACUACAAAUCUGGCACUGUUGGAAUAAUAAAAUGCUGAAUGGUUAGAAUGGUUAGUAUUGGAGGAAUGGAGGUACGCAGGUAUACAGGUAGAAGACCAGUUUGGCUAAUAGUGUUUUUGGUAGUACAGAUAGAUGACUAAUUUAAAACCAUGCGAGUUCAUGUGAAUGGACUGUAUAUUUAUAGGAGAUGGAAAUGUGGCUUAGACUGAAAAUAUGCUGUCGUUUUUAUGGCGCUGGUGUCCUUUUUGGUCACAGGUUUGUCUAAUAAAAAUGUCAUUGUUUGAAGAA